CUCUGUUCUUACUCUGUUUCUCCUUAAAUUUUCACCUCCUCUACAGAUAACAACCAUGUCCGCAAGUGUUUACCAAGGGUUGCAAUCAUGCCUCGAGCCCAGGCUCGUCGAACCUUGUGUUCUGAGGCACAAAAUGUCUCCACCAAAAUCCAACUUCUACCAAUCAACUCCAUGGCCUCAAAAGCCAAACGUCUUGCGACCAGAAGAAAACAAAGAAAACUCUCACAAUGACAACAGCAGCAACAGCAACAAUGGUGGUGUUGAUGGUGAGAGCAAAAGCAAAAAUGGUGAUUCGGGUGGUUGGAGUUUCUUACAAGCUCUAACCAACAAAUCAUACAAUUUCAAAGAAGGUAAUGGACCUAAUGGUAAUGACACCCAGAAAGUCUAUGUUCACCCUCUUGUGAAGCGCUCCUCUUCUACUCUGAGUCCAAAGAGUCUGGAAAUGUGCACUGAAAGUCUGGGAAGCGAAACGGGUAGUGACAAUAGCGAAAGCAUGGACCAAUUGUCUUCUCUUUCACUGGAGACUGAGAAUUUUCGUGGUCUGCAGCGAUCAAAUUCAAGAGAAUUCUCUAAGAAACUGAAUCGUAGUGGUAGUUUUCCACCUCCCCUGACUUCGAUCAGUGGCUCUGAUGGCGUACGAGUAAGGCCUUACCGCGAAGGUGGUCGGUUAGUUCUUAAAGCGGUAAGUGUUCCUUCUUGUAAUGGUCACUUUCAAGCUGAUCGUGUCAAUGGCCGCCUGAGGCUUUCUUUGUUAAAGGAUAAUUCUAUUGAUCUAGACCAUGAUGUGGUGGUAGCUGAGAACUCAGAAACUGUGUCCAAUGAAGACCAUGAUGAAGAAAUUGAAAAAUCUACCAAUUUUGCUGAAGCUGAGGUUGAAGAGAAGGACUAUGAUGAAGAUGAUAAUGAUGAUGAUGAUGAUGAUGGUGAUAGUGAUAGUGAUAGUGAUGUGGGUGAUGGUGAAACUGAGGAUGAUGAUGAUGAUCAUGGUGGUUACUGGGGAGAGGACAUGGAGGGAAAUGGAGGGAAAGUUGGGGGUGAAGUUGGGAUUGGAGACCUUGCAAGGCCAAGCAGGUGCAAGGAAGGAGGGAGUGGGAACAAAGAGAUGGCAAUUUGGAGGCCUUGUUGGGUAGCUACUUCUUGAAGCUCAUUGCUUGAAAGUUGGGACCUCUCUCUUUAAUUUACUAUUGCCGUUAUUAUUAAUGUAUUCCAUUUUGGUUUCACUCAUAUUU